CGAUUCACAGUGUUUUCGCCACUCUCGCGGCGCGGUCGAUACUCCAAACUGUGCGGAAAAAUGUCGGAAGUACGAAACGUUUUGGUAAAACUGCAGGCCCUGUUUGCACUGAUCGGCUUCGCGGCUCUUACCCCAUUGCUUGUUUUGGCCGCAAUUCUCGGCCGGCUGAUCGCCAUACUUUGCUGCUGCUCGCCGCCGAAGAGCAUCGAGGGAGAAGUGGCCGUGGUUACUGGAGGUGGUCAUGGUCUGGGUCGUGCUAUUUCCCUAGAGCUGGCGAAGAAGGGCUGUAAAGUUGCAGUAGUGGAUAUCAAUUUGUCUGGAGCCGAGAACACCGUCAAGCAAAUUCAGGAAACCUAUAAAGUCUGUGCCAAGGCAUACAAGGCAAACGUUACUAGUCACAACGAAAUUGUUGAGCUCAAUUCAAAAGUGGUCGGAGAUCUAGGGUCAGUAACUGUCCUUAUAAAUAAUGCAGGCGUUAUGUUACACCGGAAUUCAUUGGACCCCGAACCCGCAGAUUUGCAACUAAUGAUUGACGUUAAUCUAACGUCGCACUUCUGGACUAAGAUGGUUUUCCUGCCGCCAAUGAAGGCGUUGCGCAGGGGUUUCAUAGUCACCAUUAGUUCGCUGGCAGGUAUUUUUCCACUGCCCUACAGUGCUGCUUACACUGCCAGCAAGGCUGGAACUUUGGCUCACAUGAGAGCCUUACAAAUGGAGCUGGUGCUGGAAAAGCAGAAGGACAUUCAUGUGACCACUGUACUUCCCAGCUUUCUGCGGACCAACGACGAGGUCACGGAGCUAACGAAAAGUAUCGGAUUCAACAGCAUAUACCCCUUGAUCAGUGCCGAGGAGGUGGCUCAGCGGGUAGUGGCCGGGAUGUUGCGGGGUGAGCAUGAGAUCACGUUGCCGGGACUGACAUCCGUUUUUUACCGGCUGAUUUAUCUCCUGCCCUCCGACUGGCAGAUUCGAAUGACUGUACUCUUCACCAAAAAUCAGAUCAAACGGUUCAGAGAGGUUCGAUCCUGACAGAGAUGCAAUGGAAUAUAAAUAAAACUAUACAUAUGUAUAUAUCCCUGGUUCGGAAAAAAGGAAAA